ACUGCGCGCCACAGAAACCUUCCCAUACUGCCAAUAAGGACGCAGGUUUGAGGACGUGCAGCGCUCCGAGGACGCACACUGAACCACAUUCUAAUGAGGGAAGCGACGAGAAACGCAGAUGAGGAGUGAAUAAAAGCAUUUCAGCUGGAAAAAUAUCAACAGCUAUCCACUUUCCUUGCCUAUACAAGUCUAUUCCACCAGGCGGCUCCGUCAUGGGUGUGAAGAUGCUGCAGUGUUUUCCUUUCUACAGACGCUGUAAAGAACGCUGCAAGAGCAGACAGUGCCCCCCGGCAGCAGUUCCCAUUGAGGAGAUGAAACCACGUCUGUCCUCCACGACAUCCUGGGGCAGCGACAGCGAAGGAGCAGGGAGCCUCAGUCGGGGCUCGCAGAUCUACUUCUCCACCAAGGCCAGGCUGUCUUUCAGGCACCAGCUGGACAGCAACAUCAACGCAGUGGACGCCACCUACUGAGAAGCCUGCAGAGGAGCUGAACGGACUCAGUUUUCCAUCCUGUUUUUGCUUGGAGGCCGCGGUGCAGAGCUGGGGAGCCUGUAGCUGAGCAAAUGCAUCUAAUGUCACCUUUAGAUGUGAUCAACGGUAGUCGUGCGGAGCUGCAGGUUGUAUUUUAUCCUCUUGCUCCUCGCCGCCCACACAGAACUCUUCCUGGUUAAUCAGAUUCAACAAGGGACAGAGGAAAACAGACUGACAGAGACUUGGUUUUCAGAUGUCAUGAGACUGAACAGGGUGGAUUUACUGCCAAACCGACAUACUAACGAGGUGGAAGACAAUAUAGUUUGUUUACAGCAUUCAUUACCAAUAAGUGCAUUACGUAUUUUUUUAAAACUGCAUUUCUUUUUAUCUUUAACUGCUUGCUGAUUAGAUCAUGGAUGCCGUUAAAAAGGGCUUCGCAGUGUAAUUAUGAAUAUCUGUCUAAACCUUAUCAUUAGCAUUCAUCAUCACAAGUGACUGAAUCAUUUCCCAAAACCCAGGACUGUGCUGACUUUCUACUCCUGCUCUGUGACACAAAAAGCCACAAGUGAAGAGUGAAAUAAAUCAGAAGAGAAUUUUUUUUAAUAAAAGGAAUCGCCCUCUCCCUGGUAACCGAUUGCACAAGGGUCAUGUUGACAUUGUGUAGAAUACAUGCUGACCAGUUUGAAGAUGUUUAGCAGCUGAUUUGCUUCGAGUUAGUUCCUUUUUGAAAACCCAUGAAGUAAACUGAGCUGCACAGCAACUGUAUUUCUUUUAUGCAUUUUGUUAGUCAUGCUUGACUUCUUUUAAUAUUUUUAUAACUAAAAAAAGGUCUUGGUUGUUGAUAAAAUUCAGACUUUUUAGGAAACCCUAACUGCAGAUUUGAAGGAUGAACAGGGGUCUGGGCUGAAAAUAAGCAAACAAAAAUGUAAAUGUUGAUCCCAAAAAAGACAAAUUAUUCAAAUCCACAAGGUCAAAAUCUUCAUUUACAACUAACAGAUUAAAAAAAAAAAAAAAACACAUUUGUAUGAAA